AUGCACUCCAAAACCACAACUAGACCUUCACAGCAGCAGGACCUCCGCUUUGAGGAUAAUACCAAUGCCACGCCGUCUUCUCUGAUCGAUGUGAGGAGCUACCAAGUUGUUCGAUCCACACCACACGGGGCAAAGUGGCUUGCCCUGGACUAUUCCUGGGCUUCUGAAAGAUGUGCGCAGUCCAAACUGACUUACAAGGCCGGAUCUCUGGUUUUGCCAAGUGGCAGCCUGCGAUAUGCAAAUCUGCCGAUACCAUUCAAGAGAGCCAUGCUGCUAACUCGAGAGAUGGGCUAUCGAUAUCUUUGGGUUGACAUACUCUGCGAGCCAAACGAAAACACCCAGAGGCGAGAGGCCAUCUACAGACAAGCGGCACUCAUCGUCGUGAUUGUUGGCUUCAAGGCCUCGCCAGACCACAUAUGGCACUUCACCUGCGACUACAAAAACCUUCACACCGUGCUGAGUUGGGCACAGGAUCGGAUUUGGAACUACACGUUCUAUCAAGUACGAAACCUGGGUCAAGGGGCGUACGGCAUUGUUGAUGAGGUUCGCCUGCGUUCUACGCGGCAGACCUUUGCGCGCAAGGUCUGCCUCAGUAGACAAGACGGCAAGCUCAUGCAACAUAGAUAUCUCCAGGAGAUUGAGAUUCUGCAAAAGUUCGACCACCCGAACAUACCCAAAUUCGUCGCAGCCUACGUCCAGCGCCGAUCUCUCAACAUCUUGAUGCUGCCUGUCGCGGAAUGCGACUUGAGAGAGCUGCUUUCGCGGCCGCACGAGUGGGCUGCCAAGCUCAAGUUCCUACCGCGUUGGUUUUUAUCGCUUGCGCGGGCCAUUGAGUAUAUGCACGGCUUGUCAUGCCGACACAAAGAUAUCAAACCUGCCAAUAUACUGAUUAGCGGCCAAGACGUGCUCCUCUCGGACUUUGGCACCUCCCAGGACUUCUCAACGAGUGACUCUGGCUCCAGUGGACCAGGAUUCAUGACACCGAAGUAUUGUGCUCCAGAAGUUGCGCAGAAGCAGCAGCGAGGCCGGAAAGCGGACAUAUUUUCUCUAGGAUGUGUCUUCCUGGAAAUGAUCACCAUAUGUCUUCAGCAAACCCUAUACCGAUUGAGUGAGCACUUGGGAUUCUCAUCGAAGUCACACAACGCCCAGGCCGUCUAUCAUCAACAGAUACCUGCUAUGCACUCCUGGCUGAAACAUCUCUAUCGCCUCAAUCCCUUGCCGUACCAGGAGAGGAUUCUACACAUCACCUCACGAAUGCUCGAGCAGGCACCAGCUAAACGGCCGACUGCUGUUGAGAUAUGCAAAGCUCUAUCGCCUGAGCAUCUUCAAUACGCCGUCCAAGGCAGAGAUGAUGCUGUGCAUCAGGAACGUCAUACGAUUGUGUUGCGACACCGCUCCGUCAACCCGGAAGGCCUUGGCUCUUAUUCAAGCAGCCCGUUUGGCCACGCUACGUGUCGUUGA